CACUAUCUUUCUCAUACAGUAGCUCUGGACUAUGAGAAUGUCCACAGCGCAACUCUUCAUUUCUGGGGUGAUCGUCCUCGCAACUCUGUCAGGAGCACAUGGAGAUAAUGGAUACUAUACCUCCUUAGUGGAUCAGUGUCGAUUCAGCUCCUGGGACCUGAGUGAUCUGGAGUACAUUAGCUCGUACUGGUUUAACAAGGAUAAGUUCGUAGUUUUCAACAGCACGGUGGGGAAGUUUGUGGGGUACAGUGAGUUUGGAGUAUAUAAUGCAGAGAGAUGGAACAAUGACCCAGCGAUACUGGCACAGAUGCGCGCUGAGAAGGACAGAUCCUGCAAACCCAAUGCCCAGACUAAGAUUGAUAGCAUACUGACGAAGACAGUUGAGCCAGAGAUGACGCUGAAACUGACGAGGCCCUCUAGUGGUGGUCAUCCUGCGGUGCUGACGUGCAGCGCGUACAACUUCUACCCAAAGCUGAUCAAAAUGACCUGGUUCAGAGAUGGACAGGAGGUGACCGGUGAUGUGGUAACCAGUGAGGAGCUGGCGGAUGGAGACUGGUACUACCAGAUGCACUCCCACCUGGAGUUCACCCCCAAAGCUGGAGAGAAGAUCUCCUGCAUGGUGGAGCACGCCAGCCUGAAGGAGCCCAAGGAGUUGGUCUGGGAGCCCUCCACAGAGCCCUCCAUGUCCAGGGCUGACUGGUAUAUGGUUGCCAUGGGAGUAGCAGAAAUGGUGCUGGGGCUGAUUCUCGCUGCUGCCGGGAUCAUCUACUACAAGAAAAAGACCAGAGGGCGGAUCUCGGCAUCCAAGACCAGCAUGGACAAAGGUUUUCAUCAGAAGAAUAUGGAUACCAACUUCCUGCUAUGGCUAUUAAGUUCUUACAGAUCCUUCUCAGCACACUGUGAUUCAAAGACCCCUGUCAAGAAAUCAAUCCUGAAUACCGUGUGCAGUGAUCAUUAAGUUCAAUCCUGAAUACCGUGUGCAGUGAUCAUUAAGUUCAAUCCUGAAUACCAUGUGCAGUGAUCAUUAAGUAUUAAUCCUGAAUACCAUGUGCAGUGAUCAUUCAGUAUCAAUUAUGAAUACCGUGUGCAGUGAUCAUUAAGUAUUAAUCCUGAAUACCAUGUGCAGUGAUCAUUAAGUAUCAAUUAUGAAUACCAUGUGCAGUGAUCAUUAAGUAUUAAUCCUGAAUACCAUGUGCAGUGAUCAUUAAGUAUCAAUUAUGAAUACCGUGUGCAGUGAUCAUUAAGUUCAGUAUCAUUAAGUUUGUAACUUGUGAUUUACAUGUCCUCAGACCAAAAUAAAUUGUCUUUUGUAGAGGAAGGACAGGCACACUUUAUCCCAGUUGAAUAAACCUGAAGUGAUAAACAAAGAAAAUAAACUUAAAGAAAACUUA